AUGGACUUUAAACAGGUGCCAGUUGGGGACCAGGUUAAAAUGGAAAAUGUGGAUUCGGAUACAUGUCUCUACAGAGUGAAGAAAGAGGAGACAACAGCACCUGCAGAGUGCACUGGUACAAGGUGCUUCACCAUAAGUUUGGCAUCAGCAGCCUUCAUGUCAUUUCUCACAAGUUCUUCCCUCAUCUGUGAUACAGACAAGCUGGCCCCUGCACCUCUUGGCUGCUGUGACACUGGGCAGACAUUUUUUCUCUUUCUCAGUGAUACAGGAACAACACCUCCAGAGAGUGGUAUUUUUGGAUUUAUGAUAAACUUCUCUGCAUUUCUUGGUGCAGCCACAAUGUACACAAGAUAUAAAAUAGUAGAGAAGCAAAAUCAAACCAGCUAUUUCAGCACUCCUGUUCUUAACUUGGUGUCACUAGUUCUUGGAUUGGUGGGAUGUAUCGGAAUGGGCAUUGUUGCCAAUUUUCAGGAGUUAGCUGUGCCAGUGGUCCAUGAUGGGGGCGCCCUGCUGGCUUUUGUCUGCGGUGUGGUGUACACACUCCUGCAAUCCAUCAUCUCUUACAAAUCGUGUCCCCAGUGGAACAGUCUCUUGACCUGCCACGUACGGAUGGCCAUCUCUGCUGUUUCCUGCGCAGCUGUCGUCCCCAGUAUCCUUUUCCCAUUUGUCAACUGGACUAGACUCAACUGAGUGCAGCAUGGGCAAGUGGAAAUUAAUGGCCGAGGAACAGGGCGGGGUCAGCAAUAGAAAGGAACGAAGAGGAAACAUCAGAGUUCAGGGAGAUUCUGGCUAACUCCAGCAACAGGAUUCGUGCUGAAGACAGGCCAAGGUCAUUAGACACCACCUGAGGGAUGGUGGAGGAGGAGUCCUCUCAUCAGAUAGCUAACAUAUCAGAAAUCAGGAGUGUGUGGAGGGGGGUUCUGGCUAAACUGACUUAAACAGUG